AUGGUUGAAUGCCUUAUUAAAUGUGGUGCAAAAGUCAAUAUAAAAUGUAUUGAUGGAUUAACUCCAAUGCAUUAUGCAGCAGAGAAUAAUUGGAUAAAAGUAGCUGAGCUUCUAAUCAAGCAUGGAGCUAAUAUCAAUUUAAAAGACGACAAAAAGGAAACACCUCUUCAUAUCUGCGCAGAUUCUAACAGAUCGGAAAUUGCCGAAUUACUCCUCACUAAUGGAGCUCACACAAAAACAGGAUCCCCAAGUCUGCUAACAUUUCUACAUAUUGCAGCACAAUAUGAUAGUAAAGAAACAGCAGCAGUGUUCAUUGAACAUGGAAACGAUAUUAAUGCAAAAGAUAAAAAUGGAGAUACCCCUCUUAAGACAGCUGAGUUUCUUAUCUCUAGUGGAGCUGAUAUUCAUGUGAAAAAUAUUAAAGGAAAAAACGCACUAUUCUAUGCAACAGAAAAUAGUUUUACGGAAAUAGCAAAGCUUCUUAUUACAAAUGGAGCAGAUUUCAGAGAAAAGAUUCAUAAUGGAGAGACGGUAUUUCAUAUUUCAGCUCGAAAUGGAAAUAAAGAAAUUAUGGAACUUCUUAUAUCUCAAGGUGCAGAUAUCAGAGACAAAAGUCAAGAUGGAAACACAGCUUUUCACCUUGCUGCUAAGUGCAAUAAAGUUGAAAUUGUAGCACUUCUUAUUUCGCAUGGUGUAGAUAUCAACGAAAGAAAUAAUAAUGGAGACACAGCUCUUCACAUUGCCGUCAAGUCCAAUAAAAAAGAUAUGAUUGGAUUUCUUAUUUCUCAAGGGGCUGAUAUAAAUGCAAAAGAUGCCAAUGAACAAAUUCCUCUUCAUUAUGCCCAAAUAUCUGGAAAAACAGGAAUAGAGAAACUCCUGCUUUCACCCGAGUCUCUUAAAAAUAAAACACUUCAAGACUUCAUGAAGCCGAAGAAGAAAUAUACUAAAAAGGCCAAAUCAAAACCAGAAAACCAAUCAAACAAACCAUCAUCUGAACCGGAAUUUAAAUGGCAUUAUUCAAUCUGGAAUAAGCCUAAAACUCCAUACGAAUUGAAAAAAUAG